UUUUUUUUUUUUAUUUCACACAAAACGACGACGACGAGGACGACGAGACGAAGACGAAGCUGAGAUUCAACAACUUGCGAGGCAGCUGCUCGACCCGUGAACUGGAUACUGCAUAGAGGAAGACGCUGUAAUCGCUGAACCAGUCAAGAUGGCAGAGUAUGUUUCUACUAAGACUGCGAGUUUGGCAGGGGACUCGAAGCUGACCUUGUUCUAGGAGAGACGGCCCAUUGAAGGCGGUCCAGGUGGACGCGCUGGUACGAUACACACACUAUACACUUAUAUUCGACGCCGAAGAAGAAUACUGAUGGCUAUGCAGGUCGUGAUGAAGAUAAUCAAGCACUGCACCCAGACAUUCCCCACGACAGCCACCGGAUCCCUGGUCGGAAUGGACGUCAAGGGCACCCUCGAAAUCACCAACUGCUUCCCCUUCCCCGUCGUCGACCUGCCGCCGGACUCACACCUCGACAUAUCGCCCUCCAGCGGCGCUGCGUCGGCGCCCCGAGCCAAGUCCAACGUCGCUUACCAGGCUGAGAUGAUACGUAUGCUGCGCGAGGUCAACAUCGAUGCCAACAAUGUGGGGUACUACACCAGUGCCAACAUGGGCAACUUCCUCAAUCUCAAUGUCAUUGAGAACCAGUACUUUUACCAAAAGGACAUGAACGAGACUGCCGUCACCCUCGUGCACGAUGUCAGCCGCAGCUCCCAGGGCCCGCUCAGUCUGCGCGCCUUCAGACUCUCCCCGCAGUUCAUGACUGCUUUUAAGGAGAACAAAUUCACCGCCGAGAACUUGCAAAAAUCCAACCUCAGACACAGUGACAUCUUCGUCGAGUUGCCAGUGACCAUCCACAACUCGCAUCUCCUCACCACCUACCUGCACCAGAUCCCCACCACCGCACCCAAGGAGGAACUCGACCUGCCCCCAUCCCUCGCCGCUUUGCUCGCCAGCCCCCUCUCCAACCCGCCCAUGAACACGCCCAACUUCGACAACCUCUCUCUCAACAUCGACCCGUUCCUCGAGAAGAACUGCGACCUGCUGCUGGAGAGCAUAGAGACCCACCACACCGAAAACAACAACUUCCAGUACUACCAGCGUGCCCUAGCCCGAGAACAGACCAAGAUCGCCGCCUGGCAGGCCAAACGCAAGGCCGAAAACGUCAGCCGCGCACAGCUCAAGCAGCCUCUGCUCGCCGAGGACGAGUGGCAGCGUCUCUUCAAACUGCCCCAGGAACCAAGCAGGCUGGAAAGCAUGCUCAACACCUGCCAGGCAGAGCAGUACUCGAGACAGAUCGAUGGCUUCGUGGCAGCCACCACAGGCAAAAUGUUCGGCAUCAAGGGCAACCUCGUCCCGGACAGCCAGUCUUAAAACCUCUCCUUUUUCUUCCGUUUCUUCUUACUCUUCAUGUUUGUUCCUGAUAUGAUUCGUAUUAUCAUGACGGCGUCCGGUGGUUGGAUCUGGUUUAUCCUCUUUAUAAAGAGUCAAUUCAUCGUCCCCCUUUUUCUCCCUCACCUCCUGCUUCCCGUCUCCUUCUGCUCUCUCCCUAUGUAAUGCCAAUCAACAAGAAUCGACGCAUCAACUACCGACCGUACCCUUCCAUCCCCGUCCUUGUAUAUUUCUCGUAGCCU